GCCGUGUAGCCCUGUAAGAAUCCUCGUUCUCAAGUUCCCUCCACGCCGUCAAAAAUUUGGCGGAGGGCGGCUCUGGGGAGGAACGAUGCUGAGGAAAUGGCCGACGGGGGUUAGGGUCUCCCUCCCCAAAGCCCUCACCCGAACCCUAAGCACCACUACGACGACCAUCUCCUCCUCCUCCUCUUCCCCGUCGUCUUCUCCCUCACAGCCGGCUUUUGCUAUGAAAAACGUUACCAGGAAGAACUUUGCAUCAGCGCUCGAGACACUGCGGGCCACCCUGAGGGAUGCCGACUUCGUGGCGCUGGACGUCGAGAUGACAGGCGUUGUGAGCGCGCCGUGGCGGGAGUCUUUCGAGUUCGACCGCCCCGACGUUCGGUACCUCAAGGUCAAAGACUCCGCGGAGAAGUUCGCGGUGGUUCAGUUCGGAGUUUGUCCUUUUCGAUGGGAAGAUUCCAGCCAAACUCUCAUUGCUUACCCGCACAAUUUUUAUAUAUUUCCGCGGAAAGAGCUUUCUUUUGAUUUGCCUUCGCACGAGUUCCUUUGCCAGACGACUUCGAUAGGUUUCUUGGCAAAGCACCAAUUUAAUUUCAAUACUUGCAUACAUGAAGGAAUAUCAUACAUAUCAAGAGAGCAAGAGAUUGAAGUUGUGCAGUAUUUUAGAUCCAAUGAUGAUCGUCAGUCUGUAGAUUAUUACAAAGAAGACAAGAAUAUGUGGCUAACAAGAACUGCAGAUCUUCUUUUCACCGAGAGAAUGAAGCUUAGAUUUAGGGAAUGGCGGGAUGAUUUGCUAGGUUCACAGGUGCAGUUGCACCAGUUUGAAGAAAAAUCUGGUGACUGCUCGACACAAGUGCAAACUAUUUUUUAUAAGAUGCGUCCAUCACUCUUAUUGACUGGCUUUACUUCUCAUCAACUGAGGUUGAUUCAACAGGUUAUAAGAAGCAACUUUAAAGACCUUCUAUAUGUGCGGUGGAGUGGUAAAAGCUCUGAUAGGAAAACCAUAGUUAUGUAUACACAUUCUGAGGACGACAAGGCGUUGCUUAUGGAAGAAAUCAGCAAGGAUUUGAUCAGAGAAAGAGAAUCAGAGCUUGAGGCUGCAGUUGGCUUUCGUCAUGUUAUUGACCUGCUCAGUGCAGAGAAAAAGUUGAUUGUUGGCCACAAUUGUUUAUUAGACUUUGCACAUGUGUACCACAAGUUCAUCGGUGCGCUUCCUCCAACAGUAGAAGAAUUUGCCUCAGGCAUCCAUAAGUCCUUCCCCUGCAUCAUGGAUACCAAGCACCUUCUCAGGGCCGAACUUACACUUCAGAGACUAUUGAGGAAAAGUAGCACAUCGUUAUCUUCAGCAUUUGCGCGCCUCUGUCCACAAAUAGCUUUUGGUUCAAAUGACUCACACUUGUCUUCAGAUAUUGGCAUUAAAGUUGAAGUUCAAACGGAUGAAACAAGAUCAGCUGGCUCGAACUCUGGAGCUAAGCAUGAAGCUGGUUAUGAUGCAUUUAUGACGGGUUGCAUUUUCGCUCAGGCCUGUAAGCAUUUGGGCAUCAAAUUUAAAGCCCAGAUGGUGAUGGAUUUGUUCGAACAUCAGACUCUUCAAAAGCAUGCCAACCUACUGUAUCUGGGCUUGGACCGUCGAAUCAUGGUACAUCUAGGUGAUGGGAAAGUUAUGAAGUUCUCUCAUCCUGCUGUUAAUCAGAGAUAUCCUACAAUUAUCUUUCCAAACAUCAUCCUCCUCUGGGGAUUUCAGAAAGGUAUGAAGCCCAGGGAGCUGAAGGAUUCCAUGAUAAAGAUUUUUGGUUCUACUGCCAUAACUUCGGUCUUCUUUGUGGACAAAUCAGCUGCGCUGAUCCAGUUUAGCAAUGGACAACUUGUCUCUGACUUCCUCGUCUUAAAAGAUUCUCUAGAGAAGAGUGGUGAUCUCCUGUCGGUUCUGCAUCCAUUGGCAAAAUUGUUGGAAGGUGGUAAGACACGAGCAGCAAGAUAUGAUGUAUACAGAGAGAUAUGUAGCUCUUCGUCAGCCAGACUGCUGUUUGCAGAGCAGGCAGAGACAUUGGGAUUCACAUGGAAGACGAAGUUAGAGAUGGAGGAUGCAGUAGGAACAGAAAAGCAGACAAACGGCAUUGAGAAAACUGGAGAAGAACUUGAGCUGGUUUCAAUUCAAGAUAAUGUAAAAAAGGAUGCUGGCUUGUCCGGUGAGAAAGUUCUGGAUGCAUUGCUUGCUUCAAGUUCUUCACUCAGGAAGAAACUGAACUUCUGAUAUGCCGUUGGUUUUUCUUUCUGGGCAGUUAUAUCCAUGAUUAUUUUUCUUUCCCUAUGUAGGUUUAAUUUUUCAAUGCCCAGCCAAUGUUGUAAUUCAAUAUGAUCGAGAAAGAAAUCAAAGGCUUAUGUUAAUAUUGCUAUGUGCGGAUCCGAUAAUUAAUUGAUUAAUCAUGAAGACCUUUACUCGGAUAAGUA